CGUCUGGGAUGUUCUGAAGUCGCUUGGGGUGGGGUUUAACGCAAAGAUCAGUAGAGUAUAAGAGUCAAUAGAGUAUAAGAGUCAAUAGAGUCAAAUCUGGCAACCUGGGCAGAAGAAAACGGAGACUACACUGUGGAACGACGACAAAGGAGUCAAGCUUAAUUCCCAAUGUAGUCCAGAACCAAUCACUAGUGUGUUUGAGUGCUCUGUUUAAGUUUAAACCACUUUUCUUCCACGGAUACGAUUUUGGAGAUUUGGGAUUUUCUCGUACUUAAAGAGACUUUUCUGGGAGACAUUGUCAUUGCCGGAUUGGACUGUGCGUUAGUUUCAGGAUGAGCACCAGUGAGGGUCUUUUUUGCUCGGCUUUGCAGCCACACACAGCCGUGAGCACAUACGCCGUACCGAAUGAUCGCGAGCUCACUGCGGACCGACAGGCGAAAGAGAAGCGCGUGCAGCAGCAGGUCCAGCAGCGGCUCGCGGAAAAAGCGUCAUCAGAAUAUAGUGGAAUAUCCAUGAAGGGGUACAACAGCCAGGGCACUGGAAUCAGCUCUAAGACACUUAUGUACAAUGGCAGCAGAAUAACAAAGCCACGUUUGCAUCAGGUUGCUGGAGAGUUCAGCUCACGCUCAGCUGUGGAAAUGGGCACACAGCGCAAGGUCAGCAUUGGCACUCCCAUGCCUGCUGUUGUGGGCAACCCAUACAGAUAUUAUGAUGACACCUACAUUGGAGGGCAUCGUAUUGGCCAGGUAAAUCAAGUGGAGCAGGAAGCAGGUUUGCAAUUAAUGCAAGGGCAGCAUUCUCCCAGUGGCAACUGGGUAACUCAGGAGGGUCUGACCUCCUCUGAGCAUCGCUCCUACUAUGGCCAUAGCCCAUUCGCCAGUGUGUCGCCUAUGAGACGCAGCCUCAGUGGUACGCUAGUGCAUGAUGGUAUUGGCAGAGGAUUGAAGGAGGCAGAUCUUGCUCAUCAGUAUUCGUCCAAAGGCCCAGCCCACCGCACCCUGAUGCGCAUGAAUAACCGACAGACGCCGCACCAGAGGAUGGGCAACAGCACUAUUCAGUGGCAGCAGGCGUCCUCUGGGGGCAGCACCAUGAUGGCCGGAGGGCAGUAUUCUAGUAUGAUGAAACGAGCAGGAUCACUGCACAGCCUGAAGAGCGUGGGCCGAGGGGUGGAUGUGUGUGACGCAUUGGCCAAUGGCAGAGACAUUUCUGGAGGAAUCCACAGCCUCGAUAUGUCAACUGCAGUCAGUUAUCUCAGCUCAACAGAUGUUGCCAUGCAAAUGCUUGGGGCCGCCUACAUUCAACAUCAGUGUUACCAUAGCAAUGAAGCCAAGGAACUGGUACUAAAUCUGAAGGGGAUCCCUGCACUGGUGCAACUAUACAGCAGUGAGAACCAGGAAGUGCAACGGUACGCUACAGGAGCCACACGCAACCUCAUCUAUGAGAACAUGGAAAACAAGAUGGCGCUGAUUGAGGCUGGUGGUAUCAACAAAUUGGUCUCUGCAUUGAAAGAGCCAGAUGAUGAACUUUGCAAGAAUGUUACAGGUAUUUUGUGGAACCUGUCGUCUAAAGACAGUUUGAAGGAGAAGUUGGCGAGGGAGAGUCUAGCCGAGCUGACCGAGCGAGUGCUGAUUCCUCUCUCAGGAGGUGGAGACUCUGGAGUUAUCCAGCAGAGCAAGUCUGAAACAGACAUAUUCUACAACACUACAGGCUGUCUUAGAAACCUGAGCUCAGUGAAUGGAAGGACCAGGCAGCAGAUGAGGGAUACUCGUUGCCUUGUGGACUCUCUCGUUGGAUACAUACAGAACUCUCUGCAGGAGGGCAAGGUUGAGGACAAGGGUGUAGAGAACUGUGUGUGUGUCCUGAGAAACCUGUCCUACCAGCUGUACUCUGAGAUCCCCACAUCAGUGCAGCAUCGUUUGGAGGGUCCAACACGAGCUCAGGACACAAAACACAGAGACGCCAUCGGCUGCUUCACUCCACAGAGCAAGAAGACGAAGGAUAAUAGGAACCACGAGCUGUCCACGUUGUCCGAGGUAGCUCGAGUACCAAAGGGGGCUGAGUGGCUUUGGCAUCCUCAGAUAGUUGGGUUGUAUAACCACGUGCUGCAAAACUGCGAGAUGAACAACACUACCCGUGAGGCUGCAGCUGGAGCCUUACAGAACAUCACAGCAGGGGAAGGCCGGUGGGCGUCGGUGUUGAGUCGUGUAGCUCUGGAACAGGAGCGGAUGCUACCUGUGAUUCUGGAUCAGUUGAGAACCCCAACCGAUGCUGAGCUGCGUUCUCUCACCGGUCUGUUGAGGAAUCUGUCUCGGCACUCCAAGGACAAGGCAGAUAUGGCUACAAAAGUGGUGAAUAUCCUGGUGCCCAAGCUGCCUAGUGAUGGGCAUCAGAAAGAGCCAUCCAAUGAUGUAGUGAUCAACAUCUGUGGCAUUCUCAAUAACCUGGUCAUGGCGAGUUCACUGGCUGCAAGAGACGUGACUUACUUUGAUGGCCUGCCCAAACUGGUUGGAAUCAAGACGUCUCAUGAUAACAGUCCAGGGAAGGUGAAGGCAGCUAAGGCCGCCUCCACAGUGCUGUGUAACAUGUUUCAGUACACCAAGCUCCAUAAAGACUACAAGAAGAAGGGGUUCACGAGACGAGACUUUACUGAUACGAUUUGAGUUAAUCAUACUUAGAAAUCCUCAACAUCUGGACCUGUGUGAAGUUUAAAAUUAACAUGAAUAACCAAGUCUUCCACCAAGCUCAACAUCCUGAAGACGUCCCUCUAAUGUUUGGACUGAGCUUGGGUGCUUUUUUCCUCUUUCCUACCAAGUAUGAUUUGCUGUGGAUUUCUGUGAAGAUGACUCUUUUUUUUUUUUUUUUUCUCUAAUGAAGUUGGAUGAAACUGGAUGGAUAUUUUGGAUUAGCACCAUUUCAUAUAAGAAAUAAUGAAUAUUGUGGACUGUUUUUGCCGACUCAAUUCAGCAGCAUGUGCGUACAUCCAUCCGUGAUCAUGAUGAAGAAACCGAUCAGGAAAAGAAUUGCUAUGUCUAGUAGCCCAUAGUGUGUUUGAAUGUGUGUGUGUUUGGAUGUUUUUAAUGCUUUUAUCUGUCAGCAGACAUGACUCACAGUAUUGAAAUAUGCUAGAUGUUUUCCCCUACUAUCUGUUAUGAACAUUUUCAAUUGUUUUGGUGCCCUCGUUAUUUUAGAAUUUUUAGAGUUGUAUUAUAAUUUUUUUUUAAACCCUGUAAAGUCAUAUUUGUUUUCUGGACAAUCAGAAAGAAGUAUUCUAGCAUUUUAAACUAGGACUGAACUGCAGUUGUGCUCCUGAGCAGUACAAGAGGCUCAUUUGGGUUGGGAUUUAAUGUUAUGCUUGUACUGUUGCUCUCCUUUGUGAAGUGAUGUACUUUUGGCCAUCCGACUAGUCACAUGAUUAACAGUUUCUUCCAAGCAUGUUGAGGUGUUUAGCGGUGCUGUAUGUGGAGUUUUGUUUUGUUUUGUUUUUUUAAAGGAUGUAGUGCCUAGUACAAACAUGCUCUUACAAAAAUUUGGACUUGGAUUUGAAACAAAAGCAAAGAUAUUAUAAAUCAAGUUUAUUUGCUUCUAAUGUUUGAUUCAUUUAGCUUUUUCUGUAUCACUUUCCAAGCUUUGCUGUUUAAGAGAUUUGAGUUUUCAUUUAUUUUUGUCGUAGAAGGAUUUCAAAUUACAGUAACAAAUCACUUUUAGUAUAGCAUCUGUAGCAGAACAGACUGACUUAAAUGCCGAAAUGAAAGUAUUACACGAGAGAUUGCAAUGGUACCUCAACAAUAUGUUUAUCUUAAGACAUUUAACCAAAAAUUUGGCGUCACGUUGCCAAUUUAAACAUUACACCUCUAUAUUUCAGACGUCUAUAAUUAACAUCAUGAUCAUCUCAUAUAAAGAUAACUGAAAAAAUGAAUCUUCACUACAUUAGUACUGGUAAUAAAAUCUUCCACUGGUAGUGUUUACUAAAAUUGUUUUAUCAUGUCUACCUUUUUCUUGUUUUAACUUUAACUUUGUCUUGCUCUCUCUGGCUUCCAUCUGUGUAUCAGGAGCACAUUGUUCCGGAUGAUGUUUUUCAAACAUGUGGGAGGAUUUAAAGGUUGACAGGAUACACAUUUCUCUCACUAGGCAGUGACCAGACAGACUGCCCUCUGCACAGUCUGUCUGUUGUAAGGGUGCAAAUGGUAAUAGCUGUAUGAAAGGGGUGUUUUGGAAAAAAACAUGGGAAAUAACAGAAGACUGAGAGAUGUAAAAGGAAAGAUCAAAAACAGAUGUCAGGAAGCUGAUGGACUUUAGCCAGAAAUGCUGACCUUGGGGUUUGGCUUGACCUUAUCUCAAAUGCUUAUUGUUGUCUUCUCACUGUGCAGUCCAUUGAGAGGGAACAAGGGACAGUGAGGGGUAGAAAAAGAAAAGGGAGCAACAAUGUGUAAAAUAUUGAGAUAAAUGAAUGUCAGUGAGCAUAAUACUAUGAAUUUUAAUUGCAAUAAACACACAUUUUUCUCAGAA